UUCAAAUGUAAUAAAAGCCUCCAGCUGCUGGUUUUAACCUCUGACCCCUCAGACUGAUCCCGUGACCCCUGCGGGUCCCCGAGCCUCCGCUUGAACCACUGCUCCAUGUCUCUGCGCGUGCCCGCGAGUGCUUCCACAUUUGCGCGUGCCUUCCGUAGAAACCUGGCUGGGAUCCAGGAAGCAGCCAAUCAGAGGGCUGCUGGCGGAAAACACGGCGGUCAGGAAGAACCGGUCCGGACGGAUUCGGUUCACCACCUGCUGGCGCUCCUGGUUCUACUCCCGGCUUGGUUCCGGUUCGUCUGGGCCGCAUUAGACCGUCUGACCCGGAGAGAGAGGCGGUACCGACGGACAGCGGGAGGCAACACCUGAGCCGAUCCCAACAAAGUGAGCGAAACUCCGGCGGACACCUGCUGGUGUGGCCGAACCGGAACCGGGGCGCCCCGCAGCGGGUCCAGAACCGAUCCGGAUCAGAGGGACUCGGUAGACUCCUGAUGGGGGUCAGAGGUCACUUCUAGAGCGAUUACGGGUCUGGGAGGAAGAAUGUCUGUGAACGAGCUGUUCACCAAGCUGACCCGGGUCUGGGUCCCGGACCCGGACGAUGUGUGGAAAGCUGCAGAAAUCACCAGGGACUACAAGGAGGGCGAGGCGGUUCUGCACCUGCAGCUGGAGGACGGGACGCCCCUGGAGUACCAGGUGGGUCCGAAGGCCAACGCUCUGCCGUUCCUCAGGAAUCCCGACAUCCUGGUGGGGGAGAACGACCUGACGGCUCUCAGCUACCUUCAUGAACCCGCCGUGCUGCACAACCUGAGGGUCCGCUUCCUGGAGUCCAACAACAUCUACACCUACUGCGGUAUCGUCCUGGUGGCCAUCAACCCGUAUGAGCAGCUGCAGAUCUAUGGGGAGGAGGUGAUCACCGCCUACAGCGGUCAGAACAUGGGGGACAUGGAUCCUCACAUCUUCGCCGUGGCUGAGGAAGCGUACAAACAGAUGGCCAGAGACGAGAAGAACCAGUCAAUCAUUGUGAGCGGAGAAUCUGGAGCAGGAAAGACUGUUUCGGCAAAGUACGCCAUGAGAUACUUUGCCACGGUGGGCGGCUCCUCCAGCGACGCUAAUGUGGAGGAGAAGGUUCUGGCCUCCAACCCCAUCAUGGAGGCCAUCGGGAACGCCAAAACCACCCGAAACGACAACAGCAGCCGCUUUGGCAAGUACAUUCAGAUCGGCUUCAGCAGACAUUACCACAUCAUUGGAGCCAACAUGAGGACCUACCUGCUGGAGAAAUCCCGCGUCGUCUUCCAGGCUGAAGAAGAGAGGAACUACCACAUCUUCUACCAGCUAUGCGCCUCAGCCAGCCUGCCAGAGUUCAAAGACCUCAGUCUCAUGAGUGCAGAAGAUUUCACCUACACGUCUCUAGGAGAGAACAUCUUCAUCGAGGGAGUUAACGAUGCUGACGACUUCAAGAAGACCAGAGAGGCUUUCACACUGCUGGGCAUAAAGGAGAGCAGUCAGAGCAGCAUCUUUAAGAUCAUGGCCUCCAUCCUUCACCUUGGCAACGUGGAGAUCGUCUCUGAGCGGGACGGAGAGUCCUGCCAUGUCGCAAGGAACGACGUCCACCUGCAGCACUUCUGCAGACUGCUGGGUGUGGAGCUGAAGCAGAUGGACCACUGGCUCUGCCACCGGAAGCUGGCCACCGCCUCUGAGACGUUCGUGAAGACCAUGUCCUGCCAGCAGGCCAUCAACGCCCGCAACGCCCUCGCCAAGCACAUCUAUGCCCACCUCUUCGACUGGAUCGUGGAGCACAUCAACAAGGCGCUGCACACCUCCAGCAAGCAGCACUCCUUCAUCGGGGUUCUGGACAUCUACGGGUUCGAGACAUUCGAGGUGAACAGCUUUGAGCAGUUCUGCAUCAACUACGCCAACGAGAAGCUGCAGCAGCAGUUCAACUCGCAUGUCUUCAAACUGGAGCAGGACGAGUACAUGAAGGAGGACAUUCCCUGGACACUCAUCGACUUCUACGACAACCAGCCCUGCAUCGACCUGAUCGAGGCCCGGCUCGGCAUCCUGGACCUGCUGGACGAGGAGUGCAAGGUUCCGAAGGGAACGGAUCAGAACUGGGCCCAGAAGCUCUACAAGCAGCACUCCAGCAGCGGGCACUUCCAGAAACCCAGAAUGUCCAACACGUCCUUCAUCAUCAUCCACUUCGCUGACAAGGUGGAGUAUCAGUGCGAAGGCUUCCUGGAGAAGAACAGAGACACUGUCUACGAGGAGCAGAUCAACAUCCUGAAAGCCAGCGAGUUCCAGCUGGUUGCUGAUCUGUUCCAAGACAAGAGCGAUGCUCCGCCCUCCAAAGCCUCCAAGGUGAAUGUUCGCUCCCUGAAAACAGUUCCCAAAGUCCCCAACAAGGAGCACAGGAAGACUGUGGGACACCAGUUCCGCUCGUCGCUCCACCUGCUGAUGGACACCCUGAACGCCACGACGCCGCACUAUGUACGCUGUAUCAAGCCGAACGACUUGAAGGAGGCCUUCUCGUUCGACUCCCGGCGGGCCGUGCAGCAGCUCCGGGCCUGCGGGGUUCUGGAGACGAUCCGGAUCAGCGCCGCUGGAUACCCGUCCAGGUGGACCUAUCCCGACUUCUUCAGCCGGUACUGGGUUCUGAUGAGAAAGUCAGACCUGACGUCAGCAGACAAGAAGCAGGUGUGCAAGAACCUCCUGGAGACACUGAUCAAGGAACCCGACAUGUUCCAGUUCGGGAAGACGAAGAUCUUCUUCCGGGCCGGCCAGGUGGCGUACCUGGAGAAGCUUCGGACCGAUAAAUUCCGCUCUGCCUGCAUCAAGAUCCAGAAGACGGUCCGCGGCUGGCUGCAGAGGAUCCGGUACCGCCGGGUCCGCCGGGCCGCCAUAGGCCUGCAGAGAUAUGGCCGAGGUUACCUGGCCCGCAGGUAUGCAGAGUUCCUGCGUCAGAACCGGGCCGCCCUGAUCUGUCAGAAACAGUACCGCAUGGUCCGAGAGCGGAGGAAGUUCCUGAGGAUCCGGCGGGCCACGGUCACCAUCCAGGCCUACGCCCGAGGCAUGUUCACCCGCAGGAUCUUCUGGGAGUUCAUGCUGCACCACAAGGCCAUGCUGAUCCAGAAGCACGUGCGCGGCUGGCUGCAGAGGAAGAAGUUCAGGCAGGCGCUCGACGCCGCCAUCAUCAUCCAGUGCGCCUUCAGGAGGAUGCAGGCCAAGCGGCAGCUGAAGCAGCUGAAGAUCGAGGCGCGUUCCGCUCAGCACCUCAAGAAGCUCAACACGGGCAUGGAGAACAAGAUCGUCCAACUGCAGAGGAAGAUGGACGAGCAGUCCAAGGAGCUUAAGACCCAGAACGAGCAGCUGGUGACGGUGAAUGCCUCAUUGGGGUCAGAGGUCACCAAGCUGCAGAAGCAGCUGGAGCAGGUCCGCAGCCAGCAGCCUGACGGAGGCCAGGUGGAGUCGCUGCAAGAGGAAGUGGAGAGGCUGCGGGAGGAGCUGCAGGAGGCGCAGGCCCACAGGAAGAGGAUGGAGGAGGAGCACGGCAACGAGAAGCUCAGCCUGAGCCAGCGGGUGGAGGAGCUGGAGGCAGAAAACGCUCUGCUGAAGGUGGAGAAGGACGAACUGAACCGACGGAUCCAGCAGCAGACCAUGAACUCUGCAGCUAAGGAGAGCAGCGCCUCCCUGGAGAUGGAGCUGAACCAGUUGCGGGAGCGGUACCAGGACCUAAUCAAGGAGUACUCCAGGCUGGAGCGGAGAUACGACAACCUGAAGGAGGAGAUGGAUCUGAGCAAGUUCCAACCCGGCCACCACAGGAACCCGUCCAACCAGAGCAGCCUGGAGUCGGACUCUAACUACUCCUCUGUGGACAAAUAUGUCGGAGAGACCGAUGACUCCAUCCAGCAGGUGAAAGAGAUGGGAGUGGAGAACGCUGCCAUGGACAUCAGCCUGUUCAUGAAGCUGCAGAUACGAGUGAGGGAGCUGGAGACGGAGAGGAAGAGGCUGCAGGUCAACCUGGACAAGAUGGAGGAGCAGGCCAAGUGCAAGGGUCCGGAGCCCAAGACCCCAACGUCUGAUGUGGCAACAGGAGAUCUGGUCUACAACAACCUGAAGAGACAGGAGCUCGAAACUGAGAACAAGAAACUGAAGAACGACCUGAACGAGCUGAGGAAGACCAUCGCCGAGCGGGCGACGCAGGACGGCUCGUCCAAUGAGCUGCAGGACGAAUACAACCUGCUGCUCAGUCAGCUGAAGUCAGCCAACGAGGAGCUGGACGCCCGGAAGGAGGAGGUGCUCAUCCUCAGGACUCAGAUCGUCAGCAAUGCCGAGAAGAACAGCGAACCCAACGAAAGUGAGGUGGACGGAGGACUGAACAGCAGCAAGGAGCCGCUGGACAAAGAGGAGGCCCUCAAAGCGUACCAUGGACUGUGUGAGUCCAAGAAUAACCUACAGGACUGGUGUGUUCUGAACGAGGACGGCGAGCUGGGCCUGGCCUACCAGGGCCUCAAACAAGUAGCCAGACUGCUGGAGGCCCAGCUGCAGACCCAAACCCGGCAGCACCGGGACGAGCUGGAGGCUCUGCACACCCAGAUCGAGCUGCUGAAGGACGACCUGGAGAAGAAGCAGGAGCUGCUCAACUACAUGUCCACUCUGUCCCCCGAGGCCAAGGUGGACUACACCGUCCAGCAGGAGCUCACACGGCUCACCAACAGCAACCUGGAACUCAAGGGCAUGGUGGAGAAAAUGGAGAAGAACGAGAGGAAGCUGAGGAAGCAGCUGAGGAUCUACAUGAAGAAGGUCCAGGAGCUGGCAGCUCAAGCAGCGGCUCACGAUGUCGAUCAGAACAAGGAUGAAAAGAACAAGAUGAUCCAGAAAGACAUCCGGAUGACCAAGGUCAAGAACUUCGAGGGGAUGCUGGAGUACCUGAAGGAGGACGAGGCCCGGCUCAUCAAGACCCUCAUCACAGACAUCCAACCCAGCACGGUGUCGGCCACCGUCCCCUGCCUCCCCGCCUACAUCCUCUUCAUGUGCAUCCGCCACGCCGACUACAUCAACGACGACCAGAAGGUCAUCUCUCUGCUCACCUCCAGCAUCAACGCCAUCAAGAAGGUCCUGAAGAGGAACAACGACGACUUUGAGAUGAUCUCGUUCUGGUUGGCCAACAGCAGCCGCCUGCUGCACUGCCUGAAGCAGUACAGCGGUGAGGAGGCCUUCAUGACCCAGAACACGACCAAACAGAACGAGCACUGCCUGAAGAACUUUGACCUGGCCGAGUACCGGCAGAUUCUGAGCGACCUGUCCAUCCAGAUCUACCAGCAGCUCAUCAAGGUGGCCCAGGGCAUCAUCCAGCCCAUGAUCGUGUCGGCCAUGUUGGAGAGCGAGAGCAUUCCCAGCCUGGCCGGAGUCAAGUCCAUGGGCUACAGGAACCGUUCGUCCAGCAUGGACACGGACGCGGACGGGCCCACCACCUACACCCUGCAGGGCCUCAUCCGGCAGCUCAGCCAGUUCAACAGCAUCAUGAGGGACCACGGACUGGACCCCGAGGUGGUGGGCCAGGUGGCCCGCCAGCUCUUCCACUGCAUCAACGCCUUCACCCUCAACAACCUGCUGCUGCGUAAGGACAUCUGCUCCUGGAGCACGGGCAUGCAGCUCAGGUACAACACCAGUCAGUUGGAGGAGUGGCUGCGAGCCAACAACCUGUUCCAGAGCAAAGCUUCGGCUACGCUGGAGCCCAUCAUCCAGGCCGCCCAGCUGCUGCAGGUCAAGAAGAAAACGUCUCAGGACGCCGAGGCCAUCUGCUCGCUGUGCACGGCUCUGACCGUGCAGCAGAUCGUGAAGAUCCUGAACCUCUACACGCCUCUGAACGAGUUCGAGGAGCGAGUCACCGUGUCCUUCAUCAGAAACGUUCAGAGCGUCCUCCAGGAGAGGAACGACCCGCCGCAGCUGCUGCUGGACACCAAGCACACCUUCCCCGUCCUGUUCCCCUACGCCCCGUCCGCCCUCAGCCUGGAGGCCGUGCGCAUCCCCCCCUCCCUGGGGCUGGACUUCCUGGUCCGAUCCGGCCCCGCCCCCUCAGACUGAUGCUCGGCACUGGCCCUCCAGCAGAACCGGACUGCGGUUCGGUCCGGUUCUGCUCCCCUCUAGGUUUAGUUGGAGGAAGGAGGUGGAGCCAGUGACCCAGGAGGGUUAAAGGUCAUUUCCAGGUUCUUCCAGAUGGACGUUGGGUAGAAGAUCAGCCCCCAUGCCCCAUCCCUCUGUCUCAACCAGAGACUGAACCAGAACCCGCCUAAUGUUGGAACCAGAACUCUAAACCAAUCAGAACUCUUCAUCCUCCAGAUUUCUCACUAAUCAGAACCAGAAGUUACCAAAAUAAAAGCAUGUUUUUCUGCUUCCUGUGUGAUUCCUCCAGCUGUCACGUUAAUGUGCAAAAUAUUUAAACCAGCUGAACUUUCUAUCAUCAUCAUCAUCAUCUGUAAUAAAGGUUUUAAUAUUUCUGUAUAAUA